GAACUUCCAGUGAUGUUUUAUCCAUUCUUUCAAGUUAUUUCACCUCCACAUUCGUUCGCUUGAGGCUAAGAAAACACCAAGUUUCGUAACUCAAGUGCAACUCGAGAAAACAGAGCAAAUACUGGCGCCAUUUUUCCCCGGAUAACGUAACUUGGAACCUCUCGAGUGCCCUUCGGGGCCUCUACUAGUCUCACCUGUGGUCUAGAGGAGAAGCAAGGCAGUGGGCAGCUUCCUCACUCCUCACUCCGUAGUGUCCCUCUCGCCGUGGAGUUACUUGGAAAGUGGCAGAAAUCGUGCAGCGCUUCGUAUCUUGCACGAUUGUCCAGAAUCUCCCUGGGAGAUCUGAAUCACGUCCAUUGGCGAGGCAGGUGUUUCCAGAUUCCAGGCUAAGCAAGUGGUCCAUCGCUGGAAAACCACAACUCAAACAAGAUGUCAGCACUGGUCUACCUGCUGACGGUCUGCCUCAGCGGCCUAAUUCUCCGUGCUGACGGCUGCAACGAAGUCGUCUGCGCCAGUAUGGUCAGCAAAUGCAUGCUGACGCAGGCCUGCAAGUGCGAUUUAAAGAAUUCGCCUCUAAACGACUGCGUCUGCUGCCUCGACUGCGCCAAGUGCUUAGGUUACCUCUACACUGAGUGUUGUUCCGUGCUAGGUAUGUGUGAGCCAAAGACCCACGACUUCGGCAAGAGAGACUCGCAAGUCGGCGACCUCCAGGAGCCGUUCCCCCAACUCUUCACAGCCCUGACGAGCGAGAAGGAGCCCCAACUCCGAUGGACGUCCAUGACGUUCCCCAUCGACGUCAACCUGUCCGAUCUGGAGGGCAGCAGCCUCGACAAGAUCAAGUACAAGACAGUGACGCAUCCACAGGCCGCCGCCCCAGCUGUGGAGCAGAUCACCGUGAACUGCACAGUGCUGUACAUGUCUCAGUGCAUGAGCAGUAGCAAGUGCAAAACCAACUGCGCAACCACGGGCGCGACCGCCUACCGCUGGUUCUUCGACGGAUGCUGUGAGUGUGUGGGCGGUUCCUGCAUCAAUUACGGGGUCAACGAAAGCAGAUGCAUAGAGUGCCCGGUCGUGAGCGAGGAGGACGACUUCGACGACGACCUGACCGAUCAGCACUUGGCAGCCGCCCCCAGCAACAUGCUGGACGAGUCAGCACUGCAGGGGGACAUUCUCGCGGACGGGGAUCCUGCUAUUUAGGACUGCAGUGAUCUUCUUCUUCUUCUCGAGAAUAGCGCCAUAUAGAAGAGGCUUCCAUUAAUGUUCUGCCUCUUUUUUUUAUUUUUGUUUUUUUUUUGUAACUUUCAAAUCAAGACGUCUAUUGUUUCCCCUUUUUAAUUUUGUCAUGCAAGGAGCCCUUUUUGUUCGUGGUUUGUGUAAAACUGUAUGUAAUUUUUUUUUUUUGUAACUUUCAAAUCAAGACGUCUAUUUUUUUCUAAUUUGGCCAUACAAGGGGCGUAUUCUUCGUAGCUUCUGUAAAUCUUUGUAUCAGGAUUUUUUUUUCACUCAUAUCAUAUUUUUUAACCUUCAAAUUGGCACUUAUUGGUUUUUCAUUAUUUUGCCAUUCAGAGCAUACCAUUCUUAAUUUUCUAUUUUAUUUUUGGCGUUCUAAACGACAGAAUCAUCCUAAUUCUUUUUAGAUUUGCACCCCCACAUAUCAAUACUUAUUCCUUAAUUUGUAAUUGCAUCGUGCAAAAGAGGUCCGGACAAAGCAGCGCUUAUUGCUUCUCAGAUUUUCGUCAUUUAAUAGAUAUUUUUUUCUCAUUCUUUUCUCGAACAUAUAAGUAAACACAGAGCAGUAUAAUGCAAGACGGUUUCUAUUCAGUUAAAUGUUUUUGGUGCCAUUUAGUAUCCAGUCUGAAAGGGCGUUUUAUAUGAUUAAUAUUUCCUUUUAUCAAAUUUUGUCGUAUUUUUUUAUUCACAUUUUCCUAGAUUUUUGAAUCAUUAUAAACUUCAGUAUAUCACUAUAUUAUGGAAGAAUUUCAUAAAUGCUGGUAAUUUCACUUUAAUGAUAACCAACCACUAAUGCAUUUGGUCAAGACUGUCGUGGCACCAUAAUAUGUCUAUAUUAACAGAGAGAGAGAGAGAGAGAGAGAGAGAGAGAAAAUUGUUUUUUAGAUUAAGCUGGCAUGUUCACAGGCUCUUCUCGAGCAGCUCGUAAAGAGAGAGAGAGAGAGAGAGAGAGAGAGAGAGAGAGAGAGAGAGAGAGAA